AUGAGUACGAUAUCUGCGGCUGUACCGGACUCGCCCCCUGACCUGUCGGGGUCGAAAUCGUCAAAGUCCUCCUCCUUCCACACAUCCUCGCACCAGUCCAACCCCGAUGGCGUGUUUGCGGACAUCUCCAACUUCGAGGACAUCGCGCUGGAAGAUGACCUGGUUGCGCAGUUCGGCAGUAAUGCCCUAGACCACCGCCACUUCGACCAGGGACCGUAUCCCGUGCGGUCGACGAGUGUGCCGGGCAAGAAACAGAGCCUCAGGCACAAGCAGCACCACCACCACCCGAAGAACCUGCACAGCAAGAACCCAGAGGUGGCGGCCCGCACGAAGAGCAACACCGCAGUCAUGACCAUGAGAGACCUGACCGGCCCUGCUAGCAGGCAGAGCAGUGGUGUGGGCGGUCCUCAUGGCAGUCAUCACGCUGCCAACAGCAACAAUAACAAUAAUAAUAAUAACAAUGGCACCUACGGCCGCCGCGGAUUCGCGCAGUCCACUCCUCACGUCAAUGGCAUCAACCAGUCUAUGCAAGCACUAUCUAUACAGCCACCCUCGGCCAGACGAGCGCUGAGCAGCACGUCUGACCCUUCUCUACUCCUCGCCCCGUCUAGAAACAGACAAAAGCAGCAACAACAGCAGCAGCAACAACACCAACAACGUCAACAACAGUCCCGCUCCCCUUCGCCUAGCGGUAGUGGCAGGAGUCGGUCGAGGAGCCGCCCCCCUCCUCCGUUUGCCCGUGGCGACUCUGGCAUUUCUGGCUCUUCCACGGCCUCCAUUCCUCGACCUCCGUCGCGACAGCCGAGUCGUAAGUCCGUCAAGGAGCUGGAGGAGGAGUAUCAUGAUUCGGAUGAGGAUCUCCCCGAGGACGCCACACUAUGGAACGUCCCCAUCUCUCCACGCCCGCAGGACGAGCGUCCGAGAGGCCGGGACAGCAGUCGCUCGCAGAGCCGCAGUCCAGGUCCGAGACCGAUUCCCUUACAUGAAUCCGCGCCCCAGCUUCCUUCUUCUCGCUCGACCUCCCCGCCUCCUGGCAGCGCUACGCCCAAGUACAGACCAAAACACAGACGGGGCCGGUCACGGUCCAUGGGCCCCAGCCCGCGAGUGUCCCGCGGCACCGCCAGUCCAGCUCCCUCGCCAGACCGUCGGGGUCCCAAAGCCAACACCUGGAACGUAGUCAUGUCAGAGCUCUCGGAGGAAGCCAGGAUCAUCACCGAAGCAUUGGAGUUUCACGCUGACGAAGCUGCGCGGGACCACGAGGCCAGAGUGCAGGCCGGGCUGAAGCCGAGGCCGGUACCGAGUGGGAAACGAGGUUCUGGCGGGAUGAUUGAGCUUCCGCCGCUGCAGAGGCCGAAUAUCAUGAUUGAUCCGCUGCCGAUAAGCAAGGAGAAGGAGAAGGUUCUGUCUCGGACACGGCCCAGCUGGCUGCCUCCAAAGGACCAGAAGGAAGAAAAGAAGCAUCUCAAGGAGUACAAGCGGAUGAUGGCUCUAUCCAGAGAAGCCGGUGCGUAUACAUACAUAUGCCUUGCAAUAUGUGUCUGGGAAGAGAGAAGCUAA